CUGAGCUCUAGUGGCGGCCGAUCGCUCUCCCCCCGGGAGGGCGCGGCCCCGCCACUGGGCACGGACGGGCCUGAACUCGGGGCUCGGACCCGGUCCUCUCCGGCGGGAGCCUCUCGGGUGGGACGCGGCCACGCCGUUUCCUCGCGGAGGUUCGGGUUCGAGGUCCCGCGCCGCCAGGACAGCAGCGUGGCCGACGGGCCCGUGGGUUCCCGCCCGAGGGAGGCCGCAGAGACCGCGCCGCCGGGGGCAUCUCCAGUGGUGAAGCGGUGCUGAAGCUCCCCUGUGCCCUCGCUCUCAACUUCUCUCAUACAAAUGUCCCCUGAGGCCCUGGCCAAGUAGGACACGCGCCACCAUCUUGACUGCUGGGCCUUGAAGGAAGGUUGACAACCAGGACGGAGCAGCCUCUGGAAGAGCAGGCAGGGCGACAGGGACAGUGGGGAGGAGCUUCAAGUGGGUUCCCAGCAUAGUGGGGGGAGUCCCGCCAGCCUGUGUGAGGUCUGAAGUCGUCUCAGGGCCUAGGAAACCUACAGACAGCAGCCCGGGGAGCCUGCCGUGGCUUUUGCUUCCGUGUCACUUCACUUGAUUUUCUGCUGCCCCACUCCCUGUGAAAACAAAACAAAACAAAAUUGCCCCUCCUUAACUGCUAGAAAAGGAAUUCAGUCGAUGUUCUGAGCUGCUGUCAUUCUUGUUUAUUUAUUUUAAUCUAUCAGCAGAUACAGAGGGGAAGAACAGAGCACUUACUCAGCUCUGGCUGAUGGUGCUGGGAUUGAACCUGGGACUUCAGAGCCCCUUCACAGGCAGGAGAGUCUUUGCAGAACCGCUGUGCUGUCUCCCCAGCCCCCAGUUCUCUCUCCUCACACAGCUCUUGAUUUCCAGAAAGUGCGUGAGCAGCGGCGAACACCUGAGUAUAUUCUGUGCUGAUGGUAGAAUUUGUUGUGACUUGGGCAUGUGCUUAGUAGCUCUCUACUAAGUCACGGUCACCUCCUCUUACACACACAUAUAUAUUUUUCCCCAUCAGGGCUGUCCCUGGGGCUCGGUGCCUGUGUUACGAAUCCACUAACCCCGGUGGCCAUCCUCCCUGCCUCCCCCCACGCCUUUCUAUAUACUUGAUAGGACAGAGACAAACUGAGAGGGAGAGGGAGCGAGAAAUGUAGUCACCUGUAGCCCCGCUUCUCUGCUUAUGAAGCAGUCUUGCAGGUGGGGGACCUGGGGGCUUGAACCCGGGUCCCUGUGCAUGGUACCGUGCACUUAACUGGGUGUGCCACCACCUGGCCUCCUACACCACACUAUAUUGUGUUUGUGUUUAGCUGUCAGUAGAGGAUCCCAUCACCACAUGCCUCUCUCCGCCCGUGUAUGAAAUGGUCUGUAAACUCGGGUUCGAGGUCAGAGAAGACCUUGAUGUCAGCAGCGUGGUCAGCGAGAGUGGCGAGGUGCGUUGGAAAGCCAUCACGGACCGCGUGGUUUACGGCGAACCGGACCAGGGUCUGGAUUACUGGGCGAGCGUGAGGCUCCUGGGCCCUGUGUGCGAGGCUGCCAACUUACACCUGUCGGCUCUGACCAAGGAGCAGUUUGAAACCAGAUUCGCACCGUGGUUCCAGUGGACAGGCUUUCCAGAGCUGUUUCCCGAAAUUUUUGAUGCCCUGAGAAGCCUCCAGCCGCCUGCUGCCUCCCUCAGCCUGAUGAAGCUGACGUCACAGCUGGAGCGCGCGCUGGGCGAUGUAUUUUUACUGAUUGGAAAGGAGUGCCCCUUUCUUUUAAGAGAUCUGCUUGCAUCUGAGGAGCUAGCCCGAGUCUUUGGGAUGUCUGUGAUGGGCGUGCUCAGAGUGUUUGCUGGCUCUCCACGUGGGCUCAACCUGCGGAACAUCCUGUGGCAUGGGUUCGCGGCCCCUCGAGAGAUCCCCACCAAGUACUGCUCCAUGAUGGUGCUGCUGACCGCAGGGCUAGGCCAGCUGCUUCGGACCUACCUUCAGGAGACCCAGUCAGCUCUGACGCACCGGCCUGCCCUCACCCUUCCACACUUGGAGGACUUGGGCGUCUUUCCCGAUGUUACUGACGAGUUGUUGUCGGUCCUGGCGGAGGCGAAGGAAAGGUCCGCUUUCAUCGUGAGGACCAUGCUGCCGUACUGGGACACCGUGCUGACCGCCUUCAGGGCACAGAGGUUUGCCGACUGCACCGCACUGCUGCUGGCACAGCUGGAGGCUGGACUUAGGAAGGUGUUUGCCGCUGUUAACAAGUGUCCGAAGAGGCUGCUGACUGCGGAGUCAACAGCCCUUUAUACCACCUUUGAUGAGAUCUUGGCCAAACACUUGAAUGAUGGGGAAACCAACCAGCUCCCUCCCUUCCUGGGGACACCUGCCAUGGUAACGUUCCGUGUCCCUCGAGUCUGUGAAUUUCUGUGGGAUUUCCUGAGCCAUCAGGAGGGACCCCGGAUCCGAGAUCACUUAAGUCAUGGGGAAAUCGCCUGGCACACGGUCCCAAAGGACGCUGCCAACCAGCUGCUAGCAUUCUCCAUCGUGCUUGUGCUGAGAUUCCUUGACGCAGGCCUGUUGGCGGCGCUCAGGGAGAGACCAGAAGUCAAACAGCUGAUGGACCUUGCAGAAGGCUACAGGACUCGCUGCCACCCUCUGUCCCGGCUCAGGAAGCAGGUGGACGCAGGCGAUCGGGGAGCUGUGUGGCGUGGAUGUGCCCACCCUCUUCUGCCCCAGAGCUGUGGUGGAGCUGCUGGUCCUGCUGCGGAACGUCACCACCCACUGCAGCCGCCUGUCGGCCCAGGUGGCGGCCUCCCUGGGACUGCGGCACAGGCAGUGGGAGCAGAGGACGCUGCGCUCCCGGCAGAGGCAGACCUGCCUGCGAAUGUGGAGGAGUGUCCGUCUGCUGGCCCCCACACUUCACCUGGUUUUGCUGCUGAUCGCUCUGGAGACGGCGCACGUCCACGAGGUCUGUGUGAAGGCCGCAGAGGAGCGGCGGCAGUACCUGAGGUUCUGGAAGAGCAUCCUGCAGUUCGUGGAGAACCUGGUGGUUCACACCAGCCCCGACAGGAACCGGUGGGACGAGGCCGCCAGCCUCACACAGGCAGCUCUGUGGAGAAUCAGGACUUUCAGCCAGAAGAGGCAGAUGCUGGUGCACCUGGCUGGGAGGCCCAGGCCACAGGUCACCUGCUGAGAGCCUGGUGGCGGCUCCCAGCCGUGACUCUCAGGCUGCGGUUUGGGCAUCAGCUCCCUGUGCAGUGUCAGCAGUGGAGCCCCAGGGACUUCCUAGAAGGCCCAGCCAGAGAGCCCAGGGGCUGGGGACGCGGCUGCCGCACAGCUUGGCCUCAGGGUGCUGGGCCCCCACCCUGCCACCACUCCUAGGAGGUGAUCUGGCAGCAUGAGCCUGCGGCCCCCAACCGGCCCCACAUCUAAAGGAGGGGGUGAUGCCCCAAGGAGCCAGGCUUGCCCUCAGGCCUCUGCCUCUGGCCCUCUGCUGCGAGGGGGGGGGGGCUCAUCCCAGCACCUUCCUCUGUCUCUGGGCCAGCGCAGCGCCUGUCCCCACCCACUCCCAGACUGCUGGGGACAGGCCACGCUUAUGGCUGUUCAAGCCAGAGAUCGGAGACGGGGCCUGUGGGCAUAUUAGCAGCUGACCUGGUAGCAUAAGACUGAGAGGAGAAGGCUGUGACAGCGCAGGUCAGGAAGUCACCCAGGCGGCUGCGGUGGCGGAGGAGAGGAGGCAGAGCCUUCUUGGAGUCGAGCUCCUGGGAGCUGCUUUCCCUUGGAAGGUGUGUGCGUGCGGGAUGCCGACUGCUGGAGACGGCUGCCAGGGGCUGACUGGUGCCAUCUGCCACCAACAGGCCUUUUCCUCCUC